GUUUGUUUGGUCAAGUGGUCAGGCAGAUAUAGGGAUGGACGGCAGACAAUAUAACUGCAGACGCAGCCACUGCAUUUGACUCCAGUCCUUUAUUUCUCUCUACGGGAACCUCUCUAGCACAAGAUGAAGCUGACAUUUGCUCUCAUUCUUGCACUCCAAGUGUCGGUGUGUGUCUGGGCACAGGAUUGGCCAGAACCUGACAAGGAGUUAGUAGAGAAAUAUGAAGGACUGAAGGCAGUUUUCUUUAAGAGGAUCGUCAAUGCUUUUGAAAAGAUCAAAGCAGCCAUUGAACCAUCGCUAGAGAGUUCACCAGUAGGUGCACAAGUCAAAGAAAUUGCAGAAGAACUAAAGAAAAGACCAAGAGUGGAAAGCAUCGUCAAAAUUGUCAGCGGUGUGGCCAGUGAGCUCGCGCCCGUUGUGGACAAAGCUCGCAUGUCUUUGCUUGGUGCUUACGGCAUGUAUCUGCGGCCCUACAUUGGAGAACACCUGGACAAAGCAAUCACCAACAUCAAGCCAGUGCUGGAUACCGUCCUGCCUCAUGAGGGUUAGAGUCUGCAGAUCUUCAGCCACUGACUCCUUCAAACCAGCAAACAUGUAUUUUCAUCGCUUCGAUAAUGGAUCCGAAUCUGAAACCAUCUGACAGCUGUGUGCAUGUAUAUACUGUAUCUGUGUAUUUGAUACCAUUCUGUUCAGUGCAGGAAAAUAAAUAACAUCCAAGCCAGCAUUAUUAGAGUAUGAAUUAUGUGAUUUUGUGUGCCUCAUAAAGAAACAAGACGACUCGCUCUAAAUAAAAACAUCUGGAGAGUGCAAACCUGA